AAUACAUAGAUUCAUAGAUUACACAUCAACAGUUCAGUCUGCAGACAGAGGAAACAGUUACAGCAUCACUUGUUGCAAAAUGAUGGCCACAGCCAGUUGCAGUGACUGAGCUAAAACCUGAAAAAUUCUUUCAUUUGCUUUGUGCAUAAAAUAAACCUUCAAAAAGUGUCAUGACAGCAGGUGUUACAGUGUGGAGAUGCACUUUAUAUACAGCACCUCAAUACGUUUAUCCAACCCACUUUAGCACAGGAAUGUACGUGUAUAGUGACAUCACCAAACACUCACUUCCAUGUUUUUCUGAAAAGGUUUUUUAGACCUUAAUCUCGUAUGAACUUCUGCUCUGCCCUCAACUCAAACACCUCCGUCAGGCCUCCCACACCCAGACGAUGGUGCAACACGCUAACCACGCUGCAUACUCAUCUUCUCUCUCUAUCUUUUCUUUCUCACUGUGUGCUCACACACACACAUUUACACACAAACAUACGCAGACGCAGCCCUUCUGGGGAAUUCAUGGCCUCAGGCUAAGAAAAACACAGCUCUGUCCAACAGCAGAGAGCUAAGAGAGAAAAGCUAACGCAGCUCAGCUCCUUCACAGCAGACUCGCAGCAUGGGGCCUCGUUUUUGUGAGAACGUGUUAUGACAGUUUCACUGACGGACACUGCUGUGAGGUUGAACGGGCAACAAGACGAAAUCUUUGCCUAGAGAUGUUGUGGAUAUGAUGUAAGCGAACAAACCUCCAUCAUGUAUGAGGUAAUGUUAGGUGAUACGAUGACCUGGAAGGUGCCCUGUCCAAAGGAGAGUGAACCUGAGCCCAGUCCGGAGUCUCUCUUCACGGGGGAUGGAGGACCCACCAAGAUCCUCAAAGUUUGUUUUUGCACCAACAACAACCUGGGCAAGAACUUCAAGCUGGUCAAAUGCGACAGCUCCUGGCAAAUCAGGGCCAUCAUCCGUUCCAUUUUGGUGAGUGGUCGUCUGGGGCCCAACAUCAAGCAUGCGGCCUGCUACGGUCUCCUGCUUAAACAUUUAAAGUCUGAAGAACUCCACUGGCUGCAUCCUGAUCUGACUGUAGGAGAGGUGGAGGAGCGCUAUGAGAGCCAUCAUGUGGAGGCUGAGUGGAGGUACGACCUCCGUAUCAGAUACGUUCCAGUGAAAUUUCUGGAAAAAUUCAACGAUGACAGAUCAACUUUAAUAUAUUUUUACCAACAGGUGCGUAGUGACUAUAUGCAGUAUCAUGCCAGUAAAGUGAGUGAUGGGAUGGCGCUGCAGCUGGGCUGUUUGGAGAUCAGGAGAUUCUAUAAAGACAUGAACGCCAAAGGUCUGGAAAAGAAGUCUAACUUUGAACUUUUAGAAAAAGAAGUUGGCCUGGACCUUUUCUUUCCUGAACAACUGAUUAACAGCAUGAAGUCAAAGCAGCUGAGGAAGAUGAUUCAGCAGACCUUCCAGCAGUACGCCAUGCUGAAGGAGGACGACUGCAUGGUGAAGUUUUUUGAGACCCUCAAAAACUUUGUCAACUACGACGAGGAGGUUUUUCCUUGUGAACUAGUGCAAGGUUGGAGUCUGUCUGUGGAGCUGGUCAUUGGUGGGAGGGGCAUCAGACAGCGCACACAGAAGGAUUCAGCGGCCGUGUUUCUGGCCGACUUCAAACAGAUCAAGUCGGUACAAUGUUUAUCCCAGAGCGACGGCAAAGCUCUGCUCAACCUCAACAUAGAGGGCGCCAGACAGCAUCUGUCGAUCAACGUGGCCACGUUACCUAUGGCCGAGAACAUGAUGGAACUCAUCGAUGGCUACUGCCGCCUGGAGAACGAUACUGAGGAGUCCGUUAUCUUUCGGUCAAAUAAAAAAGAUAUUUCUUCACGUAACCCUCUGCCUGAUAUUCCUGCAGUCCGAGACAGCACGAUCAGACACAGCAUGGGGUCAGACAUCUACUGUGAGAUCGACGAAAGGCCAAAAUCAGUGGUGAGGUAUGGAAUCGACCGAAAUAAAAUUGUUCUUGGACGCACCCUUGGUGAGGGUUUUUUUGGGGAGGUCUACGAUGGAGUUUACAAAAAAUCUAAUGGUGAGAGGGUCAAUGUGGCUGUGAAAACCUGCAAAGACUGUUCACCUGAUGUGAUGGAGAAGUUCAUGAGUGAAGCAGUCAUUAUGAAGAACCUGGACCAUCCUCACAUCGUCAAACUGAUCGGCAUCAUCGAGGAGGAUCCUGUCUGGAUAGUCAUGGAGCUUUACCAGUUCGGAGAGCUGGGAAACUACCUGACGGAGAAUCAGAACAAGCUGACAAACACCACUCUGGUCCUGUUCAGCCUGCAGAUCUGCAAAGCCCUGGUCUACCUCGAAGGAGUCAAUUUGGUUCACAGAGACAUUGCAGUAAGGAACGUGCUGGUUGCCAGUCAGGUCUGUGUGAAGCUGGGAGACUUUGGUUUGUCAAGGUACAUAGAAGAGGAGGAGUACUACAAAGCGUCUAUAACUCGGUUGCCCAUCAAGUGGAUGGCUCCAGAGUCCAUUAACUUCAGACGUUUCACCACAGCCAGUGACGUUUGGAUGUUUGCUGUCUGUGUGUGGGAGAUUAUGAGUCGCGGCCAGCAGCCAUUCUUCUGGCUGGAGAACAGAGAUGUCAUCAACCAAUUAGAGCAGGGCAUCAGGCUGCCCAAACCUGAAAACUGCCCCCCUGCCCUCUACUCACUCAUGACCCGCUGCUGGUCCUACGACCACAGAGAGAGACCCAGUUUCACAGAGCUGGUGGUCAAGAUCUGUGAUGUCCACAAGAUGGAGAAGGAGCAGGAAGUGGAGCGAGAGAGGGACAGAGUCCGCUCCACUAAGUACUUUGAACCCAAGGUCAACCUGAGUGAACCUCCUCCCAAACCCACGAGAAUGAAACCAGGACGGUUUGGGAACACACUCAGUAUUGGUCUGCACAUCCAGCUGAAUGAGGCUUUAUGUGCCAGCUCACCAGAUUUGGCCAGUCCCUGUGAGUAUCAGUCGCCCGUGGACUCCAGGAACUCUCUGGCCUUACCAGUUAGAUCUCCCCGUCGUCGCAGUAUGGGGGAGGGCGAGUUUUUUCGUGUGGAACCAAACAGCAGGGAGGAUGCCCAAAGGCUGUGGCAGCGGGAGCGCCAAAACAUGCACGCCACUCUCCGACAGCAGAAAGCCGAGAUGGCUGAAGAUAGAAUGUGGCUGGAAAAGGAAGAGAAACUCCUGGUGGGAAAGAGAGCAUCAUUCACGUUUGUCAAUCCCAUCUCUUUUUCUCUCUAUCCCCCUGCUCCUGAAAUCAACGUGGCCUUGGAGGCUGAGCUGACCGAUCCAACGCUAAACAAUAGAAACCAAGUCGCACGUUCUCGACGCCCCGCUAGUCUUAUUUUAAAUGUCCCUCUGAUAACAGUUCCAAAGAGAGGCUCCACCUCCAUAUGCUAUAAAAUGAAUCUGCCUGUUCUUUUGCAGGACCCUAUGGGACCAGAAGGUGUCCCCAGCCCAGUGUCUCCAGAAGACGCUUUACCGAAUGGCAAGUGCACAGAGAAACCACAAAUAAAACCACAAUUUAAUCGAUUCUAAAAAGCUAUCAUCUGUCUCCUAAUCCUGUUGGCGUCAUUCUUUUUCUCUGUGUCUCUUAUAACGUUUAUCUUUCUGCCUCACAGCCCCACCAAUGAAGCCUCCACGGCUCACAGCGCAGCCUGCACCCACAGCAGAACUGGACCGCUCUGAUGACAAAGUGUACAAGUCUGUCAUGGACGUUGUCAAAGUCGUGGUUCAGCUCAAGAAUGACAUCACUGGAAUGCAGCCAGAUGCAUAUAUCACUGUUGUGAAG